UAUAUUUUGACUUGGAAUUUGUCAAUUGUGAUGGUUUGUUUGUAUUGGGUUCUUUGAAAUUUCUUCUUUUUAUCUUGUUAAUGAUCCUUGAUCAUCGUAUAUAUGUAGGAAGAUUUUUGAGAUUGAAGGGUAUUAGAAAGUCUUUAAAGAUUCCAAUUUUGUGAUUUUGAAAUUGGUUUGUAAGGUCAAUUCUUCCCUUUGAUGCAUUACAUUGAUCUUUGAAUCAUUGGUGUUGGUUGCAUUUGCUCUUUUUGUGGAGGCGGUCCAGCUUUUGAUGCUGUCUUAUAAAAAAGUAGCACCCUUCAGGGAGAGAAGAAAUGGGGCUAUAGCAUUUGGGUGAUAAUAGAUUGUUUUAGAUGUUUACAGAAGAAAAGGUGUGAGAAUUGAGAGUAGUUUCAGAUGGGAAAUAGUUGUAUUACAUUAAGAAAAGAUGGACUCUUUCAAACGAUCUCAAAUUCCAUUUGGUGGUCUCGACCAGCCGAAGUUGGAAAUGAGGAUAAAAAACAAAUUGGCAAUGAAGCUCAUUCUGAAAGUACAGAGGCAGAAGCUGUUCAAAACCAGCCCCCCGAAGAAAUGAAGAUCGUUAAGGAAGAGACAGGCAGGGAACAACAAGGGAAAUCUCAAGAAGAGACCCAAAGACAACAAUCAAAGUCUGCCCCUCAAAGACUUAACUCCAAACCAUCACAGCUAGCAGGAUUUAACAAGGAAGAGACCAAGGUAGAGCCUGGAAAACCCCGGAAGCCCCAUAAUGUUAAGAGGCAGUCAUGUGCAGGGCUGCAGGUAGAUUCAGUGUUACAAACCAAAACAGGUCAUUUGAAGGAAUACUACAACUUGGGGAGGAAGCUAGGACACGGUCAGUUUGGCACAACUUUUCUUUGUGUGGAGAAAGGAUCAGGGAAGGAGUGUGCCUGUAAAUCUAUUGCAAAAAGGAAGCUGACAACGCAAGAUGAUGUCGAUGAUGUGAGGAGGGAAAUUCAGAUAAUGCAUCACAUGGCAGGGCACCCUAAUGUUAUCUCCAUCAAAGGGGCUUAUGAGGAUUCGGUGGCGGUUCAUGUUGUCAUGGAGUUGUGUGCAGGUGGAGAACUCUUUGAUAGGAUUGUAAAGAGAGGGCAUUAUACUGAAAGAAAGGCCGCAGAACUAGCAAGGACUAUAGUUGGUGUAGUAGAAGCCUGCCACUCCAUGGGAGUCAUGCAUAGGGAUCUUAAGCCUGAGAAUUUUCUUUUUGUGAAUGAGGAGGAGGAUUCACCCCUUAAAGCCAUUGAUUUUGGAUUAUCAAUAUUCUUCAAGCCUGGGGAUAUCUUAUCUGAUGUCGUUGGAAGCCCAUAUUAUGUUGCACCUGAGGUUUUGCGCAAGCGUUAUGGUCCAGAAGCAGAUGUGUGGAGUGCUGGGGUGAUCAUUUACAUUCUCUUGAGUGGAGUACCUCCGUUUUGGGGCGAAACUGAACAAGAAAUAUUUGAUGAGGUUUUGCACGGUGAUCUUGACUUCACAUCUGAUCCCUGGCCUAGUAUCUCUGAUAGUGCAAAAGAUCUAGUGAGAAAAAUGCUUGUCAGAGAUGCCAAAAAGCGGAUAACUGCAUAUGAAGUACUACGCCACCCUUGGGUUCAGGUUGAUGGUGUGGCUCCAGACAAGCCACUUGAUUCUAUAGUCUUAAGCCGCAUGAAGCAAUUUUCUGCAAUGAACAAGCUCAAGAAAAUGGCCCUUAGAGUCAUUGCACAGAGACUUUCUGAAGAAGAAAUAGCCGGCUUGAAGGAAAUUUUCAAGAUGAUAGAUACAGACAAUAGUGGUCAAAUUACCUAUGAAGAACUCAAAGCUGGAUUAAAAAAAUUCGGUGCUAAUCUUGCUGAGUCAGAGUUUCAUGCUCUAAUGCAGGCUGCAGAUGUUGAUAACAGUGGUACAAUUGAUUAUGAAGAGUUCAUAGCUGCAACAUUGCAUCUAAACAAGAUUGAGAGGGAAGAUCAUCUCUUUGCAGCCUUCUCGUAUUUCGACAGAGAUGGCAGUGGCUACAUUACUCAAGAUGAGCUUCAAAAAGCUUGUCAAGAGUUUGGCAUUGAGGAUAUCAGCCUGGAUGAAAUGAUCCAAGAAGUCGAUCAGGACAAUGAUGGACGGAUCGAUUACAAUGAAUUUGUGGCGAUGAUGCAGAAAGGCAAUCCUGAAUUUGGUAUGAAGGGUCCUCAGGGUAAAGGUUUUAGCAUUGGAUUUAGGGAGGCAUUGCCAGUAUGUUGACAAGACAUGUUCACUAUUUAGUCCUUUUUUCCAAACUUUUUAGAGUUUAGCUUUUAGUUUAGCUCUUCAAAGUUUGAGGAUCAAUCAGGCAUUCCUUUAGCACCAGACCAGAUGUUGAAUGUCCUCUUUUGUUCCUGUUGCCUUGAAUGAUUGUACAUAUGUCCAACUUCGCUGCACUUUGCUCUCUGGCCUCUGCUCUCAUGUUUCUUGUUUGGUGCUUGCUGUUUCAUUCUCCUUAAAUCAAGGCACCUUUUGGGAUUUAAAUAAACAGUAUCACUGUGUUUUUACU